AUGACGAAGGCACGGCGUGGGCCUUCACUCAUUCAGGCCCGCAGCCCUCCCGGCAACAAGAAUCACAAUCAUUUCCAUUCCUUACAAAGACGUAGCAUUAACACCAACCCUCAUAUCAACAGCAACAACGACGGCUCUGAGCCGCACCACCAGCAUCACCAGCACCACAACCGUCAGGCCCCUGAUGCCGCACCAACCCCCGCUGCCGAUUCAGCACUCGUCACUCACGUCGUCCAGACCGUCUCCGUCAUUCAGAUCGUCGACGGCAACGGCGUUCCUGUCCGCGUCCAGACUCAGUUUGCCGAACCUGCCACUGUGGUGGUUGACCCGGUCGCCGGCGUGACCGUCGACUAUUCUGUUUACCAGGCUGCUGGCGGUAUCCCCACGGCGCAGCCCGAACCUCCUGCCACCCCGGCCCCAGGAGAGGUGCAGCCAGGGUCUGCUCCGAAGCCUGCUGCCGAGCCUGCUUGUCGAUCCAGCACCGGUCCCUCAGACGGAUUCUCUUCCUUUACCCCGGAGACGAACCCUCCGCCAGAGACCCGAGCCAGUGCUAUGGUUCAGAGAUCCCUCGGCCUCGGCUCCGCGGCCCUUGCCGGGCUCGGCGCGAAGCGUGCCUCUCGCCAGGCUUCCGAGCAGCCCGAGGAAGCCGGCGAACGUGGUUUCUACCGGGUCUCUGGCAGAAAGCUUCCGCCAGUCCUCCAAGCUGGCGGUGACGGAUACACCGAUCCCCGCAUGAGUGUCGUGAGCAAUGACGAGUCCGUCUACUACCGUCAAUCGACCACCUUCUUCGAUGACCCAGCCUCCGGGUCUACAGCACCCCGACUGGCGCUGGGCUCGCCCAUGCGACCUGUCAGCGGCGUGCCCAUUAUGCGGUCCGGCCCGGCACGCACACCCGUUCAGGAGUCGAACCCCUUUGCCGACCCCGCGCCGCCGUCUCACCUGAUGGUGCCGCCCUUGCGGGAUGCUGUCGGCCGGUCCUUGACCUCACAGGACGGCUCCAGAGGCUCAGUCUCGCGGUUCACCGAGGAGAUCCGCUGA